CGCGGCGUUCGGAUCGGCGAGCGGGCGGCGGUGGCCGCGCAGGUGAUGUUGUAGUCAUGUCAGAUAAGGAUGCUACAGAGUCUCCAGUGGUAACCGAAACAGCCUCGAUCCUUAAAGAUGAGAACUGUGAGCCAGUGGAGAAGCCAGAGAAUAAAUCUCAGCCUGUAGUGUCUACCCGGAAAAGACCAGAGACCAAACCUUCCAGUGACCUUGAGGCUUCUGAACUUCUUCCUGCUCAGGUUUCACAGGCUGUAGCCAAAGAGACUGCUUCUAAAGAUGCACCUCAGACUGGAUGGGGUUAUUGGGGCAGCUGGGGCAAGUCUCUACUCUCCUCAGCCUCAGCUACGGUAGCUACAGUAGGACAAGGUAUUUCAACUGUCAUUGAGAAGGCUGAGACAUCUCUUGGGAUUCCUAGCCCCACUGAAAUUUCAGCUGAAGUCAAGCAAGCAGCAGGAGAAACAAAUGUUGCUGAGAAUGGAAGCUUACUAGUGACUGGGCCAUUUGGGGUGCUCUCGACCAUCUCAACAGCUGUGCAGAGCACGGGCAAGAGUGUUAUCAGUGGUGGUUUGGAUGCCUUGGAAUUCAUUGGGAAGAAGACAAUGGAUGUCAUAGCAGAAGGGGAUCCUGGAUUUAAAAGAACCAAGGGCCUGAUGAACCGGAAUUCUACGCUGUCACAGGUUUUACGAGAGGCAAAGGAUAAAGAAGAGCAGUGGCCUUCCAGUGAUGUAACCAUGGAAACAGACAAGAAAACUCAUUAUGGGCUACUCUUUGAUGAGUUUCAAGGCCUUUCACAUUUAGAAGCUCUGGAGAUGCUUUCCCGAGAAAGUGAAAUAAAGGUGAAAUCUAUCCUUAAUUCUCUGAGUGGAGAAGAACUCCAGACAACAAGACUUGAGCUAGAGCAGCUCAGAGAAGCGUUUUCCCUAGCAGAGUUCUGUGAGGAAGAGGAGGAGGAGAGACAAGGAGAUGAAGAUUUUACCAAGGAGAUAGCAGAACUGUUUGCUCAGCUUCAUGUCUCUUCCCGACCAGAGAAACUUGCCAAGGCAAGAAAUACAGCCUACGAAUGGAUCCGGACAUCUCUGGCUAAGCCAGUAGCAGAGAAAGAAGAAGGAGAAAAACAGUUGGAGGUAGAAAAUACUAAGGAAGCCCAGAAACAUUCAAUAGAGGAUAUCCAUGCAUUUGCAAUCCGGAGCUUAGCAGAGUUGACUGCCUGCUCAAUUGAGUUGUUCCACAAAACAGCAGCACUGGUUCUGCAUGGCCAGAAACAGGAGGUGACAGCCUUAGAAAGGAGCCAGACUCUCUCCCAGAUGACAGUCAUGCUGUGUAAGGACCUGGCCUCUCUGUCUAAAGAGUUCACCACCUGCCUGACCACAGCUGGGGUCAGAGAGAAGGCGGAUGUUCUCAAUCCACUAAUCACUGCAGUGUUUCUGGAGGCCUCAAACAGUGCCUCCUACAUUCAAGAUGCCUUCCAGCUCCUCCUGCCUGUGCUGCAGAUCUCUCUCAUCGAGAGCAAGACAGAGUCACCCAGCUGUGAGCCACAGCCCAGAGACCUCUGACAGAGCACUGAGGAGCAGAGAGGAGUCCGCCUGAGAUCGUGAUAGCCAAGAAAUCUGACUUUGCUCAGGGACGCCCUGCAGCCAGAGCGAGACCUAGUACUGAGUGUGUGAAAGCCCAGGCAGGGCGCAGGCUCACAGGGGUGCUUGCUUCUCCAUGUAGCUGAUGCGCUCGGCUGCUCACACGGCUCUCUCUUCCCAGCCUUAUAAGUAAAAAAAAAAUGUAUUUCAGGAAAGUCAGUGGGACAUUCUGGCAAACAUGCUGGACUUUCUUAGAAAGCUCAGAGAACAUAAAGACUGUCACGGAUGUCAUUUGCAGCCAGUGGUAAAGUUGUUAAAUGAGAGAGAUCAAAACCUCAGUUUGGUAUCCUGGGGUUUAUGACAUUCUUCUUACCCUGGAGUUUGGGUUUUCUCCUUUCCAGAAUAAAGCCUGUGGCUUUUGAGAAUUGAGACUACAUUAGCCCUAAGUGAGAUGGACAGAGCUGUCUUCCAUUUCACCUCUAGAUGUUUGGCAUGGAGUAGAAACUCAGAGCCAUGUGUAUGAACCACAGCAAAGUGCCCUUUGGCUUCAGAUGACUCUUUUCCCAGUGAGACCCCUGCUCAAUGUAAUUCAAGAGCAUGCAGCUGCACGUCUGCAGGUGCUCCGCGUCUCUUCAGGCUGCAUUGUGCACACCCUGCCUGAGGCUGCAUUCAUGUAGGGCCAUCCUUCAGCUGCCAAUGCUGGAGCUGGAGGAGGCUCUUUUGGUGAUGGGGUUUUGUUGAGUCCUAUGAAGAUGUUCACUUACAUCAGGAUUUAGCCCCAGAUGUUUGUUUCCCCCUCAUUAUUCCCUUGUUUUAAUGUAUUUGUUACUGUGCUUUGAGAAAAGCUCAACUGCCAUCCUGUACUCUGAAGCCUUCCCUGCAGUUUUCAACAGUUAAAAGCUAUUUUGGUAUCCGGGCUUUUUGAAAAUGUUCAUUAACUUUUUGAUUUUUAGUGGCUCUGGUAACUUUUGAGAGCCCUGUUCUUCAUCUUUGAAAACCAUUACAAUAAAAUAUAAUUAAUGUGUGGUAUUUAAGAAAUA